GUGCGCGAGCCGCUCGCUACAUGUUGUUCCGCUAUCGUUGAAAAUAAGAAGUAGAAGAAAACGGGCAACAGAAAUUGCGUCCACGAUGCAAGCUGAUCAGUGGACCACAACCUCAUUUCUGGAGGAAGCAACCGCGGAGACGCACGAUGAACAACGGUCCUUCUUUUCUCCGACCAGCGUACGGCUCGUCAGUUUGGUUCUAGGAAUCAUCGGCACAGUCAUACUUCUCCUUGGAAUUGAUUACAUGGUCAGCAGGGUCAAAGAGCCUGGCAAAGCGGAAGUCAUUCUCACCACCACUCUCACCAAUGCGGAUUCUUACGCUGGCAACAACCAAGAUGACAUUUGCUCCAGUGAACCCUGCACGUACGCAGCCCGCAACGUAUCUCUAAACAUGAGCAUCGACCCAUGCUACGACAUGUACGGUCACGUGUGUUCGUUGUGGGCAGCACAGCAGAAGCAAUGGAGCCGUACGGAAAAGACGACCACUAACUAUUACAACCUCAAGGCGAUCAUCAACGCCGUCCAUCAGAGCUAUCUUAAUCUCUCUGACGCGUACCAGAUGCUUUCAAGGAUCUACCAAAGGUGUCUGAAUCCAGACAAAGACGACGCAAAGUUCUUACGUUCCAUGUUCUUGGAUAAUGCCGGUAUUACACCGUGGCCCGUCCCGAAGACUAACGUCAGCAAUCCAGAAGACAUGUCGAAGAUGAUAGGCAACGCGUUUUACUUCACCGGAGAACACGUCUUCUUGAAGAUGGUGCUCCAGGAAGACCAGCUAAUUUACUUAGGCGAACCGAUCUUGCUGAGGGAUGCCCCGGGUGUGGACUUGAAGAUGAUCGCAACUGCUGCAAGAAUGGUUUUUGCAACGGACACUCCGCCCUUAGACGUGAACCAGGUGGAGGCGGUCCUGGCGAAUCACCGAAAGGGUCACGUACCGAAUUGGGAGGCCAGUGUUGUGGAUCUGGCGGUGCUCGACCAUAAUUCCAGUGCCCAAUGGCGAUGGAGAACAGUUCUCGAGGAAGCCUUCGAGCCGAACCAGGCUCUGCGGGGCAUCAUUCUCGGAGCGCCACAUUUCCUCCGCAACCUGCCACAUAUCAUGGGCCAAUUGGCGAACCACGAGAUACUAAACUACUUGGGCUUUCGCAUCGCACUAUUGGGCAGCCCGCUUUUACUGUCGGGACUUCAGAAGGAACUCACGGGCCACCUGACCCAAACGGAAGACUUGCCUCUUCCCAGGCUGCAGCAGGACUAUUGCGUGCGACUCGUGGAGAAGUACGAGCCCGUGAUGUCUGCGUACAUUCUGUUCCAUCGGCUGCGUAACAUGUCGCAAGUGUUCAAUGCCGCCGUAGAUAACAUUCGAUCGCAAGCUGAGAGUGCACUGAGGCCUGUCGUUCCGGAGCAAGGACGUCCGUACCUGGACCUGCUUGGGAAACUACAUUGGAGAGCUCUGAUGCCGCACUGGGUAAAAGUGAAAGGAAACAGACUCACGUAUUUCAGCAGGUUCUACGGAGGUCUGGGGAAGUGGGGAGGAGCUCUGCUGUUCGGCUGGAUGGAGGAUCAAAUCGUGAACUCCCACCUGUCCCUCAACGAUCCCGCCAAGUACUUUGACCUGGAGUGGAAAGCUGGGUUUCUGCAACAGCGCCCAGUGCUCCAACACAACCAGAUCCACAUUCCAGCAGCUGCCUUUGACUGGCUUUGGGCAAUCUAUCCAGUCACUGCUCCCUUGCAGCUACCACUGGUUGGCGUUCGUCUGUACACGGAGCUUCUGCGGUUCAUCUUCGACGAGCAGCAGAGAAAUGGCAUCUCAAGCAGCUGUGAUGAUAGUUCUCUGGAAGGCAAGGCUCUGGAUGCUGCCCAUGCAGCUUACACCACAUGGUCUAGAGGCAGUCUGAGACUGGUUACACUGGAGAACGUCCUGCCAGAACAGCUAUUCUUUGUCUUCUAUAUCCUGCAUCACUGCGAGGACGACAACAAUUCUUCGGAACAGCUCCAACGUGUUCUGGGAGCCUCCGAGGCUUUUUCUAAGGCCUACAAGUGCAACCCUCCAUCUGCUCUGUGCCAGAUCAAUGCCACGGAAGGGACCCUUGUAGAGUAACUGAGUGACGUAGAAAUACGCUCAGUGCAACAUACAACUUGUAGUGUCUUCUGUUUACACAGAAUAUAUGAUGCCUUCAA